CCGCAUUCUGCCGCCACCCAACACCAUCUUGACAGUCUCUUCAUGACUCUGAAGAUAGAAAUUCACUACCUUCAGACCAACGCAAGUGCAAGCAACGGCUGCCACAAUGGGCGACGCACCCGAAAGCCUGUUCAGCGAGUGCGCCAUCGCCUUCUAUACAUGUUCUUUGCUAGCACCUAAACAGGCGGUAGAGCUUUCCAUACCACUCCGCGAGAAUGGCGCUACAGUCCUCGAUCCAACAUCCGAUGGUUCUAUACCGCUCGAGCAAUGCACCCACAUUGUCUCCAAUACCGUCGACUUCCCGCAGUUCGCAGAGUCGCAGGCGAUGAUGAUCCCGGUCGUCACCACACAAUGGAUCGCGGCUUCGUUGGCACGCCGAAAGCAAGCCAGUCCACGGCCUUACUCACCGGACCCACGCAUGAUUUUCCGCGAUUUCAUGAUCACAUGCGCCGAUCUCCCCACGAUGGACAAGGAAAGCAUCUGUGGGGCGGCCAUGGCGUUGGGCGGCCAGGAGAGUAAGGAGGCUUCUCGGCUGACGACGCACAUCUGCUCUCUCUACAUGGACCACCCCAAGAUUGAGGCGGCACUGAAAAAGGGGUGGAAGGGCAAAAUUGUGCUUCCACACUACUUUGACGACUGCUUCAAGUUGGGGAAGCGAAUAGACGAGGGGCCAUAUACCCUGCCUGAUCCCGAAAUCCUCAAGAAGACCAAGGACGAGCACAUUGACUUUCCGCAGACGGACAAUCUUGACAACGCAGUCGAGGCACAUCCUACUUACCUCCCACUGCCCCCCGACUCCGACGUCGUCCGCCAAUUGACCGUGUUCCAGGAUCGCAAGAUCAUGCUCUCGAACGACCUCAACAUCACCUCCCGGCUGCUCAAGGCGGUCUGUGACAUUAUCAACCUCGGAGGCGGUAGGGUAGUGGAGACCGUCGAGGACUGCGACUGGUAUAUAGGACAGUACAGAGACGGCAAAGACUAUGUCGAGGCGGCGCAACGAUGCAAAGAGGUCGGCAAUCUGUCAUGGCUCUAUUCCUUGAUCGUGCGGAACGACUACUCGUCGCCUAUGCGCCGCCUGAUGCACUAUCCGAUCCCAAGGGACGGAAUUGAAGGGUUCAGAGAUCUCAAGAUCACGGUCUCCAACUAUGGUGGUGAAGCCCGCCUAUAUCUCGAGAACCUCAUCAAAGCGUGCGGAGCCGAGUUCACCAAGACGAUGAAGCAGGACAAUACACAUCUUAUCACAGCGCGAAACACCAGCGUCAAAUGCAAGGCAGCACCAGAAUGGGGCGUCGAUGUGGUGAACCAUCUUUGGAUCGAGGAGAGCUACGCCAAGUGCGAGAAGACACCGAUUACCGUGCCGAAAUAUACCCACUUCCCACCGCGGACUAACCUGGGCGAAGUUAUUGGCCAGACCCCUAUCAACGAGCGCCGUUUGCGGGAACUGUACUACCCGGGGGGGGAGGAGAUGAUGUCCCCUGGGACAAAGAGAAAGCGCAAGAUCCUCGACGAUGCCGCAGACAACGCCCUGGGCAUGGCUGAAGGGCCCUCCACUGGCAGUGCUAGUAAAGACCUUAAAAAGGCCACCAGACCCUCAAAGACUCCCAAGGAUGUUGCUACGCCCGUGCGUAAGAAGCGGGCUAACUCCGCCUCGGAGAAGGAAAACGAGACGCCAGAAAUCGGUUCGACAGGGGGGCGGAGCGCCAAAGCCAAAGCGAGAGACAAGCUACAAACGAUUGCACCUGAUAUCGCGCUCUAUGAGAAGGAGAAGAAGCGCGCAGGGAAGCAGGGUACGCCGUUUGGUGGGAAACGCGCCACCGAUCAGUACGAAAAGUCGAAGGAGCUAGAAAAGCAACAGUGUUCAUCUCAUGAGCCUGGAGAAGACGAUGAGGAAGAGCGGAAACGCCCAGCAAAGAAAGCUCGGCCGUCGCUGCCAGACGUGGAGAUGCGCAUUGUGCUCACGGGCUUUCAGCGAUGGGUCGGGUCACAGAUCAAAGAGGACCAGGAUAGGGUGAGUACAUGUCGCUUGAGGCUGUUGCUUCAUGCUAACAAGUUGCAGCGCAAACUCCGAGAUAUGGGUAUCCAGAUUGUCCAGGAGAACCAGGCCUGCGACUACCUCGCCGCGCCCCACGUGUUACGGACGGUCAAAUUCCUCACAGCUCUCGCCCGUGGCCCGACUGUCAUCAACAGCGCCUUUAUUGAGGAGGCCCUCGAAACAGGGAACUUGCCCGACCCCAAGAACUUUAUCCUCAAGGACGCCAAGUACGAGAAGGAGCACAAGGUCAAGCUUGACCAGUCUGUCAUCCGAGCCAAGGCGAACAAAGGCCGGCUCCUCAGGGGCGUGCCCGUGUACUGCACCGACAGCAUAAGCCACGGCCCCGAGACGUAUCAGACGAUUGCACAAGCCAACGGGGCGAUAUGGCUUGUCUACCGAGCGCGCAGCGGGACAACCAUCAAGCCCACAACGGCCGAGGAGGAUGGUGGCGCGCCGCCGGAUCCAGUGUAUCUGCUCAGCACGGCCAACCCGGCCGAGAGACAGCUGUGGCCUCGGUUCCGCGAGAUGGCCAAAAAGGGCAACAUGGAGCCGAGGAUCGUGGCGCCCCAGUGGUUGCUCGACGUGGCCAUGGCGCAGGAGAACCGGUUUGACGACCAGUUCCUCGUGGAGAAGUACUACGCCGACGACCUGAAAUGAAUCUUGUCCAGCCAGGGCCAGCGCCUUGGAGUACUUGAUAGCCGCAU